CGAUUCGGGUGGCUGGACAAUGCGGCUGGCUGGACUUCGGCGGGACCGUCGCCGGCUUAGGGCUUUAAACCCUAGGCCCAGUUGAGGACGACGACUGAGGGCGCGGACGACGUUGGCCGAGUGUUCAUUCCGUCAUGGCGCAGAGAAGAAGAUUCAGGUCUCUAGGAGAGAGAUGCUGUGAACUUGGAGAAUAUGUACUCAGGUCUUCAACAUAUGUAAUUUCAUGUGAUUCUCCACAAAGUUCUGAUGUUAAUGAGACACCUCUCUGAUUGCCUUAUCAAAUGUAUAAUGGAAUUGAACAUGAGGGAGCAGGGAAAAUUCACAAACUGGAGGGUGAUAUGUGUAGGCUGAACUAUCAUGGUGGCGAUUGUGACCAUUCUGGCAAGGCAAUAUACAGAGGAGCAAUGAAAUGGAAGCUGAUUGUAUCAUACUAUCAUGUUCCCUUCCUCCCGAGAGGAUACCAAGGUUUCAGUUGCUGUACAAAGAUGUGUAACACUCUGGUAAUAGUACUCCAUGUGCCAACUUGUUAUGAUUCUUGGUGUAGCACGGUUUGUUUUGUUGCAUUUUAUUUUGAUUAUAAACUUAAAGGCUUCCAAAUUUAUUCUGCUACAAAGAUAGGAACGAUAGAAUCAAACAUUGCAAGCACAUUAAAGGCUGUCAAAUUUAUUCAAAAUGUUUGUGUCAAAAUACAGGCACCCCUUUUCCUUCAUGUUUGUUUCAAAAUCAGCUGACACAACACAACUUUAUAACAUUAUUAUUUAGCAUCUUUAGAGAGAUUUUGUGGGGUUAAAAGCCCUAGCGUAGGAGAGACCAUCUGCUCAAUCCCCUCUUUCAAAAACAGCAGUUGCGACUUGCGCCCAUCAUUGAUCCUGCAGCUCAAAAUAUGAUGAGAGCAUAUGUAAGUCGAUGAACGAACAAAACUGACUUAAAUAUACAGCAUGCAGCCGUUUUACUAAAAAAAGUACCUAUGCACAUUGAGACAACACCAAAGCGAUAGUCUUUCCCACGGUGCUUCAUCUCAUGGAGUAAUGUGGUAACACAUCGUCCGCCUGAAAAUUUAUGAGAUGGAUCAGUGUUUUCUCAGGGAUAGAUAUUCUGUUUAGUUAUUUGCCUAAACAGCUUCAUUGACUCAAUAGACCUGUUUUCGAUGAGAUCUGCCAUCUGCCAUGAUUAAUGAUCUGUACUCUGAAAUUGACUGACUGAAGCAAGGACAGUAUUUUAGUUUUAUUUUCAGAUAAUAUAUUGAGUGCUUUUACGGUACAUAUAUCUUUUUUAUAACAUGUUUACUGUCAACUAGAGGUCUUAUGCUGCAUGAGAGAAGAACGACAUCUAUAUAUGCCUUGAGACAAAUACCUCCAUGAGGAAGCUCAGAUUAAGAUGCUUUUUAUACAUGGAGAUGUGAUUGUUUUCCUGAUGAUCUUUGUUCCAUGGGUGAGCUCCUUCCACAGCAAUGAUGCAGCCACUCUGUUCCGAGCCAAGACCAGGCAACUCGGCAAUCCGAACGGUCAACUUGGUGAUUGGGUCGAUUCCAUCAAUGCGCCAUGUAAUUGGACUGGCAUUACAUGUGAUCCUCUCUCUCACGCCGUUGUCUCCAUUGAUUUCCCCAGUUUUGGGCUCUCCGGCCGAUUCCCGGCGGAACUUUGCCGGAUUCCUACCCUUCGAAGUCUCAAUCUCACCAAUAACAACUUCGGUGAGGUUAUAUCUCCGGAUGCCAUCUCUUUGUGCUCUCAUCUUGAGAAAUUGGACCUCUCCCUUAAUUUAUUCGUCGGGGAGCUGCCGGAGUUUUUCACCGAAUUCAACAACCUCACCACUCUGGUUCUCACUUCGAACAAUUUCUCAGGCGAAAUUCCGGCAAGCUUCGGCCGUUUGCAGAAACUUCAGAUUUUCGAUCUCGUCAAUAACCUUUUCAACGGUUCGCUCCCCGAGUUCAUUGCCAAUCUCACCGAGUUGACGUAUCUAGGAAUCGCCAUGAAUCCUUUCGACGCCACCCCAUUGCUUCCCUCAAUCGGACGGCUGAAGAAGCUCCGGAAUCUCUUCGCGCGUGGGGCGAAUCUCACUGGAACCAUCCCAAAUUCCAUCGGGAACCUAAUCUAUCUCCAGAACCUCGACCUCUCUGAAAACAGCCUCACCGGGGAAAUUCCUGAUACUAUCGGAGAUCUGAAAAGCAUCGUUCAGAUAGAGCUUUACGGCAACCAGCUCUCUGGCGAAUUGCCGGACACAUUCUGGAAUCUCAGUUCUCUACUUCGCAUUGAUCUUUCACUGAACAACCUGACCGGUAGAAUUCCCGAGAGUCUCGCAAGUUUACACGUGGAGUCGCUGCAUCUCAGCGAAAAUGAUUUACAAGGAGAAAUUCCUGGAAGCAUAUCUCUCAAUCCGAAUCUCGUCAAUUUUAGGCUCUUCCGCAACAGAAUCUCUGGUACGUUGCCGGCGAACUUAGGUCUAAACUCAGAGUUAAUGGAACUGGAUGUUUCUGGAAACAAUAUAGAAGGUCCAUUACCUCCGAAUCUUUGUUUUAAAAGGAAGCUUCAGGGUUUGAUUCUUUUCAAUAACAGAUUCUCCGGAACCAUUCCGGGAUCUUAUGCUAGUUGUAGCUCUCUGACGUACGUGCGUAUCAAAGACAAUCGACUCUCAGGAACAGUACCUGCCGGUUUCUGGAACUUGACUGGCUAUGAACUCAUUGAAUUCCAGAACAACAAACUUGAAGGCCACAUUCCUCCCUCAAUCUCCAGUGCUCGUAGCUUAACCAAAAUUUUGGUCUCGGGAAACAAAUUUGCCGGUGGGGUGCCGGCGGAAAUAUGCAAAUUGCAGAAGCUGGUUGUUCUGGAUUUGAGCAAGAAUCAGAUUUCUGGUUCCUUGCCUUCAUGUGUAAUGAAUCUGAAGAAUCUUCAGCAGCUUGAACUUCAAGAGAACUUGAUCGAAGGUGAAAUACCAAAGUCAGUGAGUUCGUGGAAUGAAAUGACCGACCUGAACUUAUCAUUCAAUCGUUUAUCAGGCGAAAUUCCAAGUUCGCUAGGGACAUUACAUGUAUUAAACUAUUUAGACCUCGCCGGAAAUAUGCUCACAGGAGGAAUUCCAGCGUCGUUGACCAAUCUGAAACUCAACAAGUUCAAUUUAUCUUAUAACAGGCUUGAAGGGGAAGUGCCUUCCGGGUUUGGAAACAGCUUAUUCCAUUCAAGCAUAAUGGGUAACCCGGGCUUGUGCUCGUCCAAUCUUGAAGGCCUCCCUUCAUGCCAGAAACCCAAACCCAUAUCCGGUUACCAGUUGGGCAUUUUAGCAUCCUGCAUAUUAGUCCUAGUGCUAUUACUCCUCUGGAGUUUGAUGAGGACAAAAAAGUCCCUGCAGAGAAGAAAAAGAACCAUAUUUUCAUGGAGCAAUACCUCAUUCACACAUGAUGGGUUUCAGGAAUCAGAAGUGUUGGCUUCUCUGACCAAUAAGAACAUCAUUGCAAUGGGUGGGUCGGGUCAGGUUUUCAAGGUCCAUCUGAAAACCGGGCAGAUGGUUGCAGUUAAGAAGCUCUGGGAGGCUAAAUGGGAGGGAGAAUCCAUAAGCGUGUUCAAAACAGAGGUGGAGAUUCUAGGGAGAGUCCGUCAUCGGAAUAUAGUGAAGCUUCUGCACUGUAGCAUUGGUGAAGAUUACCAAAUAUUAAUGUAUGAAUACAUGGAGAAUGGGAGCUUAGGAGACGUAUUACACGGAGAACACGGCGGUUUACUGUUGGAUUGGCCAAGGAGGUUCGACAUCGCGAUUGGGGCUGCUAAGGGACUGGCCUAUUUGCACCACAACUGCACCCCGGCUAUUAUACACCGCGACAUCAAAUCUAACAACAUUUUGUUGGACUCAGAGUUCAUCCCCAAGGUCGCAGAUUUUGGGUUGGCCAAGAUGCUCCGCCGAGAUAUCCCAACUGCUGAAGAACCCAUGUCCAAUGUGGUUGGCUCCUAUGGCUACAUUGCACCAGAAUAUGCCUACACGCUGAGGGUCACAGAGAAGAGCGAUGUUUACAGCUACGGCAUUGUAUUGUUGGAACUGUUAUGUGGUAGAAGGCCAAAUGACGACUCCUUUGGCGAGAAUAAGGACAUUGUACAGUGGGUUUCGGGCGUUGCGGCCUCGUCCGUGGAACAAUUGGGCGAUCUGAAUCAGAUUAUAGACCCGAGGAUGAAUCAAUCUGCGGGUGAUCACUAUGAAGAGAUGAACAGGGUAUUAUAUGUGGCGCUUCUCUGUACGUCAGCCUUGCCGGUAAACAGGCCCUCCAUGAGAAGGGUCGUCGAGUUGCUCCAAGAUAUUUGAUACUAUCAGAUAGGCAGUCGUUAAGGGUAAUUUGCUUUGUUACCUUACUGGAAAUAUUCUUUCAGGAUUUUUGGCGUAGGGUACAUAUGUACCAAAUGUGUGAAAACAUAAUUGGGAUUGUUUACAAACGGUCGUUUUUUUGGCUUCUUGUUGGGAGUUUGUUAUAAUUUUAAGGGCUCCGCGUCCUAUCAGAGGAGAAUGUUACUGUAUGAUCUUUAUGGUUUCUACGAAUUAAAAAUUGUAGUUUACGAAAAUAUCUUUCCAUGCAUAAUAAUAACUAGUUAUGGUA